CAGCGGUUGCACUGAUUCACACAGCUCUGGCAGCAUGUGUACGAAAGACGGUUAUGCAGGAUGACCAGUUAUGUGUAAAUACGUUUUUAAUUCAAAGACUGCUUUUGCGCUCUUAUCUUACAUUGUCCCUGGGGUUUAAUAAGGGUAUUCCAGCCCAGUACACAGAACGUCAUGGCCAUGGGGCAUAUCCUGGAUGGCUAGUGGGAAAGACACAGGUUUGGAAAAUGUCAACUUAGUCCCACUUCAGAAUGGAGCCGCUGCCCAAACGCAGAAAAGGGAUGGAUGAGGGUGUAGAUUCGUGGGAGGUUCAUCCCAUCCUUUCUGAUGAACAGUCCCACGACAUCAAGUUAGUGGAAGCAUUUGCAGCACCCAUUAUAAACAAAAAGGAAACCUCACGUCUCCUUAAAGAUCUCGCCACUACCUAUCCACUGCCAGGGCUCCAGCACAUCAAAAGGGUGAGGGCCCGGAAGAGUGACAAACACCCACACCCGUUAGAGGUCGUUAUAUGUCUGGUGGAUGGCGCUCCAGAAGUUAAAGACUCCAAGGAAGUGUCUCUUACCACCUUGUUGCCCUCUGAGUCAUUCAACAGCAGUGGACUGGGGGAACCUUUCACUGUGAAAAUACCAGCACAUCCUUCUUUGACCCGACCCCAGUUUGAGCAAGCCAGUGUGCACUGGCCCACAACGUUUCACGAGGACAAACAGGUCACAGCUGCCCUCAGAGGACAGCUCUUCACUGCUGCCCAGAAGGCCAAGAUGCACAAGUACAUGAUGACUGCCAUCAGAGCUGCUAAAGCAGGCCAGGAGCAGGGCAUGGUCCCAGUGGGGGCUGUGAUGGUUGAUCCAGCAUCUGACCAAAUACUCGCCACAGCCCACGACUGCGCCCGGGGCACUCACCCUCUGCUUCACGCGGUAAUGGUCUGCAUUGACCUGGUGGCACACGGACAAGGUGGCGGGGCCUAUGACUUUGAUCCAUUCCCAGCCUGUCAGUUUACGGUCCCAGACCGCCAACCCGUUGAAGGGUCAUCAGACUCAGUUGCUCCUGGGUCAACUCAGGAGCAGAGGGGUGAGCCAUACCUAUGCACCGGGUACGACCUGUACGUGACCAGAGAGCCGUGCAUCAUGUGUGCGAUGUCCUUGCUACACUCCAGGAUCGGUCGUGUAUUCUAUGGGACAACCACUCGUGAUGGUGCUCUGGGGACAAGGUACAAGAUCCACACGCAGAAAGAGCUGAAUCACCACUUUGAAGUGUACCGGGGAGUUACACAGCACCUUUGUGAAGACCUUGCAGAAGAGCCUCACUGAUGGGAAUCUUUAUAUUGAAGACUUUGAACCAUUGUUUUAAUCUGACUCAGGGUGACCAAUGGACCUCUUAAAAACAGAACACAUUGAAAAGUGUAGACGCUUCCAAUAGAGAGACACUGUUUGUAUACCAAACCUGAUAGUCCAAGUAUGAAUGAGUUUUCUACAAUGUCAACAUUGGACCACCUAGAUCUUUGACACUGCCUAAAUUAAAUCUUUAUAACAUUUAAAA